UAUGCAUUAUAACUGCAAGACAGCCAAUGUAACCACAACAUUGGCUUUGUUGGUCUGAAUUACGAGGUGUUUUUAUCUUCAUGACACCCUAAACAACAUAUUGGUUAUAAUGCACUUAUUGUAAGUCGCUUUGGAUAAAAGCCUCAGCUAAAUGACAUGUAAUGUAAUAUUAGUGCACUGAGUUUUUUUGUUCUGCCACCUGAAGCAACCACAGCGGAGCUUAGCUUACUCUUUUGAAAUUCUUUGCACUCUUCUUUUAAUAAGAAUAAAACAAUAUGCUGCCGAUGAGCAGCUGAGAGGUUUCUGAGCUCAAUAGAGAGCAGUUUACCUUAUAUUGAGAACCAGUUCAGCACCUGUACCUUAUAUCAACAACCAGAUUACCCAUAUUAAAAACCAGUUCAGAACCUGCAGCCUAUAUCCACAACCAGUUCACCACCUGUACCUUAUAUCCACAACCAGUUUACCCUAUAUAUUAAGAACCAGUUCAGCACCUGUACCUCAUAUUCAGAACCAGUUAAGCACCUUCAUCCUAUAUUGAGUUCAGAACAAACACUGCGUCAGAGAAUAAUCAUCAUCUAUGUCAAACCAUCGGCGGAGCUGUUUUCGUUUUUCCCUCACCUUCCUAUUUGCGACAAGUUGUGCUACCAAUAUUGAACAAAAACAGAAGAUUGAAGAGAACCAUAAACCCUGACAUAAAUCUUUUAUGAGUGAAUAAAAUGUUUUAUUUCCAUCCCACCAUCUGGUCCUGAUGACUUAUAUUGCUUGAAUGCGUGUUUUGAUGUAAAGCGGAUGGUUCAUUGGCGGAGCUCGUGAAUCCACCGUGACGUCAUGUGGAAUAACCCGCUUCCCAAACUCGAGCCGUGAGGACUCCCGAGUGGAGAAGACGACCCGGGACAAACAACACGGACUAACACAUCCACGCGUCCACCUCUCAAGAGCCAAGAUGAAGCCGGGGUCAUUGUCCGAGCUGUGUCUGUUGCUCCUUUUGUGUCACACUCAUCUUUCACUGGCCAAAAGAGGAGGCGGCGGCUUCGGGAAGGGCAUCGGCUCCAAGAAGUCCUCCUGGUCCAGCCGAGGCAGCACCAGCGGUAAUGCGGGCAACCGAAAUAAUGCAGGCUCCAGCUCUCAGGGUGGGUAUCCCAAGCAGCCCGCACAGCCCAAUCAGGGAGGCUACCCGCCGCAGUCAGGCAGACCCGGGAAUCCAGGUGGGUACCCCCAGCAGCCGGGGGGAGGCUACCCUAAUCAGUAUCCAGCAAGGGGCUCCCCAUACGGAGGAGGGGGUUAUGGCGGCCAUGGCGGGUACGGUGCUCACGGUGGCUAUGGGGGUUAUGGAGGUGGCUACAUCAACCAAAACCCAAACAACAGAGUCCUGAGCCCUCAGUACGGGGGCAGCUUCGGAUACGGGGGCCACGCCGGUCGCGGCGGCUCUCCCUUUUCCCACUCAGUCCAGUCGAUGGGCAUGCGUCCCUCCGACCGAUCCAGAGGGUUCGGACGCAGCGCGGUGAUGGCAGCCGGCGGAGGGGCCUUGGUAGGGAUGGCCCUGGGCUACGGGCUCGGGAGGUUCCCCCGUCCUCCCUUCAGCUUCCACAACCCCCAGGAGGAGCAUUACUACAACCACUACAUGUACAGGAGAUACGGGGCCAAGUCCACCGACGCCAACGACUACAGCCGAGACUACAGGUACAGCCAAGUCCCUCAGACCUACGACAGCUACAUGGACUCCUGCAUGAAGAGGGCCGACCUUCUGCCAGCGGGGAAUCCCAAGCCAGUCGACACCAACAACAACCCGGCCGCCACUACCACAACUGCAAAUGCCAGCGUCGUCGCCUCAGCUCCGAACAACUCCUUGACCCCCGGACCCGUGACCCCGCGCCCUCCAAAUUGGCCUCCGGACUCGCAGGUUGCCGCCGUUGCCGACGUCGAGGACGAUGACACGGUCAGCAUCGAGGAGAUCGGCUACCCGGCGCUGAUCGAGCAGGUGAAAGCGAGGCGGUGCCUGGAGCUGUACGUGGUCUACGCUGAAAGGUACCUGGUGAGGCCCACCGACGGGGCGCAGCGACCGGAGGCGCUGGGGUUUGUAGCCGUGGUCACCAGUGCCACUCUGAUGCUACUGAACAGCAACAUGCUAAUGCUGCUCCGCUGAGGCCUUCGCUGGCGGGAAAGUGAUGGAGAAUGUGUUUAUUGUACGGGAGGGAGAAAGGGUUCUUUAUUGUCUGUGGGUUUCUACAUUUUCUUAAUAUCUUAGGCGUCCACAUCCUCAUGCCUGCGUGACUGGCGCUUAGUGCUUCAUCUUGGAACCACGUGUUUAAUGAAAAGAGGGGAAACAGUUUAACAAGACAGCCUGUGUUGGAGCCGAUUUUACUGGUGUCUUCCUCUGAGAGACAAAGGGCCGCAUUCACAUUCCGGAAAGAAAGCCGGCCUGUUAACGUGCAUUCAAAGCGAACUAAACGUGCUCUCUAGAGGGAUGGAGCGAUUCAAUUACGACACACCCGCUUCUAAAACCCACAGUGCCACUCCCACUCUGUGUUCAUGAUGUGUGUCCAUCAGAAGAAAAAACAUACUAUUAUUUUUUUUUUAAGACUAAAUAUAAAAUCCGUGGGUACUUAUCUAACACGGAGAGACGCGGACGGUAAUGUGCAUGCUCUUGUACUAACACGAUUACUUUGGCAACGAAACAAAGUGCGCUUUUCCUGCCGUGUUGGCCGUUUGUGUCCCGCUUAGAACUCUGUCGUCUAUUUUCCGGAUACUUUUUUUAUACAAGUGUUUCGUCCCUGUCCGUUGUGUCCGUCCUUCCUCUCCUGUCUCUGCGUGGUUUGUGAUGGAGAUACUUCAUCAGAAUCAUCUCGAUAUCCUCCUGAAUCUCAUCUUGCAUUAUCAACAAUAAUAGUUAAGGUUGUGUGUCAACAUGUGUACAGGAGAUAAGAUUCAACCAAUCGGAUUUCUUCUUUUCUCUUUCACAGAAGCCAAUUGCUUAAAACUAUUUACAGUUUUUAUUUAAAGCAAACAGCUCCAAUGUACAAUGCCUCUACAGACAUAUUUUAAUCGACUACCACACAUUCCAGAGUUCAUAAUGUCUUGUGUGAACAUUGAUCAUUGGUUUUACCUCCAACAUGUCUGAAUAAGGCGUGUGGGAUCAGAAUUACUAUGCCAAUGGUACAUAACCCUCUCUUGACUAUUAUAUCUGAUGUUUGAGGACCAUUAUUACAAGUACAUGUAAGUUGAAUUCUGCUUUGAAGUUCUUUAUAUACUGUUUGGCAGUUUUUUAUCUUGAGCAAUGCAUCAUACUCAAUGAGAUUAUAUAUUAUAUGUUUGUCCUUUAUUCAAAUAGCCUGUUUAGAUUGAACAUUAUGAGACGUUUCUUAACCCACAAAAGAUCUUCGUUCUUCAGUUCAUCAGAAAAAAAGAUCUAAUUGUAAAUCUGGACUGAAGCUGUCAGACACAUGUAGUGGAGUAAAAAGUACAAUAUUCCCCCUGUGCUGCUGUGGAGUAGAAGUAGAAAAGUAGCAGAACAUAGAAUACGUAAGUAAAAGUACCUCAGGUUUGUAAAUGCAUAAAGUUACUUUCCACUUAUAAACCAGGAGGAACACAUUUCAAUCAGGGAGGUGAAAUCCGUUUGACUGGCGAGCGAUCAGAAGCCCCUUCAGAAGAUGUACCUUUAACGCGCCGAUUCAUGUACCCGGUUUACUCCAGAUGUAUCUGAAGAAUGUGCCGCUUUUAAUAAUGCCUUUUGACUGUGAGGGAUCCCAUUUACUGUCCUGCUGAAUACUGAGGGUCGACUCGCACUUUUUUGCAUUUGUCUUGUCAAAUAAAACUUAAACUUUA